AAAUAUAUUACUAGCGCUGUCGCAUUUCCGUUGUCUGUCCGUAACGCGCUGCGAUUCAUCAAUAUUCAUUCCAAACCCUUCUCCGGCGAACAGACAGCUGCUGCACUUCAUACUCCGAUCGAUUUUUGGGGGGAGAAGCUGUUGUUUCUGUUUGCAACGGCUAGAAUUUCGGUUUCCUGUCUCAGAGCUGGAUUGGAUUCGGAUUUCAGUUGGUGUGAGAUAGUAACGCUUUGUUACUGAUUAUCGUUUUAGGAUAUUGCUGAAUUGAUGGCAACUCCGAGAGGGCCGAGACCGGGGGCUUUUCCUCCCAAUCAUAACCCUAAUACACUUGCUAAUAACCUACAAAACCUACAGAUUAAUCAGUUUAAUCGCCAGGAAUUGAGUAAUGCCGGCAGCGGUGGUCAACAGCCACUGCCUUUUGCUGCUGGCCAACCGCGCCCACCCCCAUAUGGCGCGUUUCAGAGGGGUUUGGCACCUCCUGUGGGCCCUGGUCAAAGCACAUUGCCUCCAGAUGCGAUGCCUGCUAGACCGGCUGGCCCUGCUCUGGUAUCUCAGCCUCUUCCUUUUUCUUCAAGACCUCCUCCACCUGGGGUGUUAUCGAUGGGUUCAGCACCUCCUGUGGCUCCAGGACAGAGUACAUUGCGUCCAGAUGCGAUGCCUGCUAGACCGAAUGGCCCUACACUAGCAUCUCAGCCUCCUCCUUUUGCUUCAAGACCUCCCCCGCCUGGGGUGUUGCAAUCUUCCAUUGGAGGACCUGCUGCUCCUCGUCCCGGACCAUUGGGUCCUCCAACUCCACCCCAAAUGAUCUCCAAUGGACCAGUUGGUAACGGACCACCUGCAUUUGCCCCUGGGAUGAUGCAAAGUGGGUCAAGGCCUCCUCCUCCAGUGAGUAAUCUGCAAAGGCCUCCUCCUCCCACUAUGCUGUCAUCUCAGGCGCCUUCUCAGCCUCUACAAACUCGUCCUGGGUUCGGUGGUCCACCCACUUUUGUAUCGUCUUCUGUAGGUCAACCAGGUCCCCCGUUUUCAACCUUCUUGCAGGGUCCUACGUUUCCAGGUUCAUCAAACAUGCCACCUCCUCCAGGUCCAUUGACUCCACCACCAGUUCAGGGAACAGUGCAAUCUUCAGGUCAUCUUCAUGGCAUGCAGUCGUGGCCGCAGCAACCGCUACAGGUGGGUCUAUCUCGUCCCACCCAUGGUGCUAUGCAGCAGCAGCAGCAAAUGUUUGGGAUGCCACCAGGCCCACCACCAUUUCCAAAUCAAUCUAUGGCCUUGGGUCAAACAGAUCCAUCACAAGUUGAUGCCAAUCACAUUCCUCCCUAUAGCUCAAGUUCUGCUGUUAUACAACAUGAGACUCAUAUGGAUAAUCACGCAAAUCCUCCUCCGCCCGCAACAAGUACUUACAUUGUCAAAGACAAUGGGAAUUGCAGCCCACGUUACAUGAGAUGUACUUUAAAUCAGGUUCCAUGUACUGUAGAUCUUCUGUCCACGUCUAAAAUGCAGUUGGCUUUAUUGGUCCAGCCCCUAGCUCUUCCACAUCCGUCUGAGGAGCCCAUCCAUGUUGUUGAUUUUGGUGAAAGUGGCCCUGUUAGAUGUUCCCGUUGCAAGGGUUACAUCAAUCCUUUCAUGAAGUUUAUCGAUCAAGGGAAACGCUUCAUUUGUAACUUAUGUGGAUUCACUGGUGAAACUCCACAUGAGUAUCAAUGCAACUUGGGUCCAGAUGGUCGUCGGAGAGAUGCUGACGAAAGACCCGAAUUAUGCAGGGGAACUGUUGAAUUCAUUGCUCCUAAGGAAUACAUGGUGCGAGAUCCAAUGCCUGCAGUGUUUUUCUUCCUUGUUGACGUAUCAAUGCAUGCCAUACAGACUGGUGCUACUGCAGCGGCUUGCAGUGCAAUUAGCCAAGUUAUACCCAACCUUCCUGAGGGUCCUCGAACCAUGGUGGCCAUUGCUACAUUUGACUCCACGAUCCACUUUUACAAAUUAAAAUGUGCACAACAGCAGCCAUCUAUACUCAUAGUUCCUGAUGUACAAGAUGUAUAUACUCCUCUUACAAGUGAUAUCGUUGUUCAACUUACUGAGUGCCGUGAACAUUUGGAGAUAUUGUUGGAUAGCAUACCUGGAAUGUUUCAGGAUAAUAGAACUACUGAAUCAGCAUUUGGGGCUGCAGCGAAGGCUGCUUUCCUGGCAAUUAAAAGUACUGGAGGCAAACUUCUUGUUUUCCAAUCAAUCUUGCCAUCAAUUGGUAUUGGAUCCCUUUUUGCAAGAGAUGCUGAAGGCAAAAGUAAUACAUCAGCUGGAGAAAAGGAACCUCACAAGUUACUCCAGCCAAUGGACAAAACUCUCCAAAACAUGGCCACUGAAUUUGCAGAGUUCCAGGUCUGUGUUGACUUGUUCAUCACAACUCAAACAUAUGUAGAUGUUGCUUCUCUCUCUGUUGUUCCAAGAACCACCGGAGGGCAGGUGUACUACUAUUAUCCUUUCUCGGCUCUUUCUGACCUUGCUAAGCUUUCUAAUGAUCUUCGGUGGAAUGUCACAAGGCCUCAAGGAUUUGAAGCAGUAAUGCGUUUGAGAUGCAGUGAGGGUAUUCAAGUUCAGGAAUAUUCUGGAAAUUACUACAAUCGCAACCCAGCUGAUGUGGAUUUUCCUGCUAUUGACUGUGACAAAACUAUAAUGGUUUCCCUAAAACACAAUGACAAAUUGCGGGAAGAAUCAGGGUGUUCUUUUCAGUGUGCUCUUCUUUACACCACCAUUUAUGGCCAAAGACGAAUUCGAGUUUCAACUUUGUAUCUGCCAUGCACCAACAACCUCACUAGUCUGUUCGUAGCUCCCGACUUGGACACCCUAUUUUCUUGCAUCUUGAAACAAGCGGCCAAGGAAAUGACUUCAGCUCCUCUAUCUCGAGUUAAAGAUAUAGCAACAAAAGCUUGUAUCAAUAUUUUGCAUUCCUACAGCAAGUUUUGCGCUACCAAAUCAUCUUCUGCACUACUUAUGCCAGAAGCACUCAAAUUUCUGCCGCUUUAUACCCUAGCUUUACUCAAAAGCCAUGGAUUGAGCUCUGAUGGAAGAAUUGAUGAGAGAUCGUUUUGGUUAAAUUACGUUUCACCUCUACCUACUCCCUCUGUCAUUCCAUUGAUUUACCCUAGGAUGAUAGCCAUUCAUGACCUUGAUGAAAAGGAAUCGGAGGAUUCUAUUAUUCCAGCUGUUAUCCCACUCUCCAGCAUUCACAUAUCCGAUGAGGGAAUAUAUCUUCUUGAGAAUGGGAUAGACUGUUUAGUAUAUGUUGGCGCUUCCGUUCAGCAAAAUGUUUUGACACAGCUUUUUGGUGUAUCAUCAGUUGAAGAAAUCUCAAACCAGUUCAUGUUACAGCAAUAUGACAAUCCGUUGUCAAAGAAGCUAAAUGAUGUUCUAAACGAAAUCAGGCGGCAAAGGUGUUCCUACCUCCGAUUGAAGUUCUGCAAAAAGGGGGAUUCAUCAGAGGCGAUGUUUUUGUCGAACAUGGUGGAAGAUCGUAUGCCAAGCGGAGCUGCAUAUGCAGACUUUGUAGCACUUAUUCGCAGCGAAGUCCAAAAGAAAAAGGCUUGAAAGUUCUGAUCACCUCUGAGUAGAGAAACACACUUGCCGGAAACUGACAAACUAUAAAAUUUCAUUGGUAGAGUCCUUUUUUGGCUGAAAUAAGUUACAUAUAACUGAGGUCUGAGAUGAGUAUGUUUUGCUGAUCUUCACAUCAUCCAUUUUUACUGUAUAGAGAUGGCAUUUUUGGUAAUAUAAUAUUGAAGUUGAUUGUUAUA